AUGUUUUUUAAUCAAACUACUUUUGCCAUUGGCAAUCAAGCAGAGUCAGUAGCAGUUGUUGAUGUUAACAUGGAUUCUAAACCUGAUAUUAUUGUUGCAAACUAUGGUACGAACACCACAAAUGUUGCUUUUAAUGCUGGCAAUGGUACAUUUCUUAAUCCAGUUAAUUAUGCUGUCGGCAGUACAGGAGAGUCAGUAGCGGUAGUUGAUGUUAACAUGGACUCUAAGCCGGAUAUUAUUGUCGCAAACAGUGGUUCAAACACUGUGAGUGUUCUUUUGAAUAGAGGUAAUGGUACAUUUCUUAAUCAAGUUACUUAUGGAACAGGCAGUAAGCCAUUCUCAGUAGCGGUGGUUGAUGUUAACAUGGAUUCUAAACCUGAUAUUAUUACUGCAAACUAUGGUUCGAAUACUGUGAGUGUUCUUGUCAAUGCAGGUAAUGGUACGUUUCUUAAUACAAUUAAUUAUGCCAUUGGUAGUCAAGCAGAGUCAGUAGCAGUAGUUGAUGUUAACAUGGACUCUAUACCGGAUAUUAUUGCCGCAAACUAUGGUUCGAAUACUGUGAGUGUACUUCUGAAUAGAGGCAAUGGCACGUUUCUUAAUCAAGUUACUUAUGCAACAGGCAUUUCACCAAUCGCAGUAAAAGUGGCUGAUAUUAAUAUGGACUCUAAAUCUGAUAUUAUUGUGGCAAACUUUGCGUCAGACACUGUGGGUGUUCUUGUCAAUGCCGGUAAUGGUACGUUUCUCAAUCAAGUUGCUUAUGCAACAGGCAGUUCACCAAUCGCAUUAGCAGUAGUUGAUGUUGAUACGGACACUAAACUUGAUAUUGUUAUCGCAAACAGUGGUUCGAACACUGUAAGUGUUCUUCUAAAUAAUGGCAGUGGUACGUUUCUCAAUCAAGUUACUUAUGCAACGGGCAGCUCACCAUAUGCAGUAGCAGUUGCUGAUGUUAAUAUGGACUCUAAACCUGAUAUCGUUGCUGCCAAUCACGUUUCGAAUACUGUUAGUGUUCUCUUACAUUGCUAA